CAGAUAAGACUCCCUCCUUCUCUUUACCCCUCUUCUUCUUCUUCUUCUUCUCAGUCUCAGCUGUCUCCCUCCCCCAAAAAUGGCGACUUUCGCUUCUCCGGCUUCCAUCUCCUUCCUCUCCUCUUCGCUCUUCGCCGCCGCCACCGCCCACCGCAAAACCCUCAAGUCCGCCGCCCUCCCCCGGCCCAGUUCCUCGAAACCCGCUCCGAGGCCCCUCUCCGUCGCCGCCGAGCUCGCCACGCUCCCCGUCCUCAACUUCUCCGGCGAGAAGGUCGGCGAGACCUACCUCGACCUCAGGGCCGCGCCUCCCGAGACGGCCCGCGCCGUCGUGCACCGGGCCCUCAUCACCGACCGCCAGAACAAGCGCCGCGGCACGGCCUCCACGCUCACUCGCGGCGAGGUCCGCGGGGGCGGCAGGAAGCCCUACCCGCAGAAGAAGACCGGCCGGGCCCGCCGGGGCUCCCAGACCACCCCGCUCCGGCCCGGGGGAGGCGUCAUCUUCGGCCCCAAGCCGCGGGACUGGUCCAUCAAGAUCAACCGGAAGGAGAAGCAGCUCGCGAUCUCGACCGCGCUGAGCAGCUCGGCCGGGAGCAUGACGGUCGUGGAGGACUUCGGGGACAAGUUCGCGGCGCCGAAGACGAGGGAUUUCGUGGAGGCGAUGCGGCGGUGGGGGUUGGACCCGAAGGAGAAGUCGAUGUUCCUGAUGAUGGAGGUCGCGGACACCGUGCAGCGCUCUAGCCGGAACAUCGGGACUCUUAAGAUGCUGACGCCGCGGACGCUGAAUUUGUUCGACAUCUUGAAUGCCGACAAGCUGGUGCUCACGCCCGAGGCUGUGAAUUUCUUGAAUGCGAGGUAUGGGGUCGAUUACCAAGGCGACAGCGAAGAGGAUGGAGAUGAAGAGGAGGGCGAGGAAGGAGGCGAGUCUGAUGAGAACUGAUCUAGAUGAUGCUAAGUGCAACAUUCCCUCAACCAUUUUUAAGCUCCCCUGACCUGAUGACCUUGAAGCUAUACUCUGCAUUGCGUAUGCACAUUUUGCAAUUCGAAAUUGCUGCAGAUCUGGCUGAGGGUGGUAACUUAUUGUCAAAUUCUUCGAUAUUCAACUGUAUGAAAUGUGUUGUAGUUAAGGUUUUUUUCUGCGUAAUUCUUUUCCGCCCAAUUUGUUCUCUUUGGUCUGUCAGUCUGAAUUUUGCCGUCUCAGAUACAGCUCUCUAGGCCUUUAUCUUUCUCACAUGAGAAGUGCAUAUGUUCCUCUUCUGUGUUCUGUCAUUACGUCCUGUGGUCAGUCCAUUCAAAAAAGCGCUCCUUGUAUUUCCAACCAAGUGCCGAAAUAGAAAGAUGAGAAUUGGAGACUUUCUGAUCA